AUCCUCUUCGUAUGAAGAUCUCGCGUCGGAGUAGGUCUCGGCUCCGAGUUCGUCCGCUGCCCCCAUUUCAAUUGUGUUCGCAACGCAGCGCACCGCUGUUUGGGCUGGGUCGAUGCCUAGUAUUUUGUAGAUCGGAGGGAGGGGAGUAACUUCUAUUUAAUUUGGAAAACGACAUCGAAAACGGUCGAUCUUCCCUGGAGAACGAAUUGAAGUUGUGAGAUUCGGCCAUGGCGACUCCCGCGGCUGGACCUGCUGGGAAAUCCUCGGAUCCCAAGCCAAAGAAAGACUUUUCCACCGCUAUUUUGGAGCGCAAGAAGGCUCCGAACCGUUUGGUUGUCGAUGAGGCUGUGAAUGAUGAUAAUUCGGUGGUAGCAUUAAGUAUGGAGACUAUGGAAAAGUUGCAGCUAUUUCGUGGGGACACCGUGCUGAUCAAGGGUAAGAAACGCAAAGAUACUGUGUGCAUUGUCUUAUCAGAUGACACCUGCGAUGAGCAUAAAAUACGCAUGAACAAGGUGGUAAGGGCCAAUCUUCGGGUGCGCCUUGGAGAUGUGGUAUCAGUUCACCAAUGUCCGGAUGUUAAAUAUGGUAAACGGAUUCAUGUACUGCCGUUUGAUGACUCAAUCGAGGGUGUGACUGGAAACCUAUUCGAUGCUUACUUGAAGCCUUACUUUUUGGAAGCUUACAGACCAGUCCGCAAAGGUGAUUUAUUCUUGGUGCGAGGAGGUAUGAGGAGUGUGGAAUUUAAAGUUGUUGAGACAGACCCUGCAGAGUACUGCAUCGUUGCUCCUGAUACAGAAAUCUUUUGCGAAGGCGAGCCUUUGAGGCGUGAGGAUGAGGAAAGAUUAGAUGAAGUUGGGUAUGAUGACGUGGGUGGAGUCCGCAAGCAGAUGGCACAGAUCCGUGAAUUGGUAGAGUUACCUUUGCGGCAUCCGCAGCUUUUCAAGUCCAUUGGUGUUAAGCCGCCUAAGGGUAUUCUUUUAUUUGGUCCUCCUGGUUCCGGAAAGACGUUGAUUGCCAGAGCUGUGGCCAAUGAAACUGGGGCAUUCUUUUUCCUCAUCAAUGGCCCUGAAAUCAUGUCCAAGCUGGCUGGUGAGAGCGAGAGUAAUCUAAGGAAGGCUUUUGAGGAGGCGGAGAAAAAUGCGCCAUCCAUUAUUUUUAUUGAUGAGAUUGACUCCAUUGCACCCAAGAGAGAAAAGACUCAAGGGGAGGUGGAAAGGCGAAUUGUAUCGCAGUUAUUAACCCUCAUGGAUGGGUUAAAAUCCCGUGCCCAUGUCAUUGUUAUGGGAGCUACCAACCGCCCAAACAGUAUUGACCCUGCACUUCGACGUUUCGGCCGGUUUGAUCGUGAAAUUGAUAUUGGGGUCCCGGAUGAAGUUGGUCGGUUGGAAGUUAUUCGUAUUCACACUAAGAAUAUGAAGCUUGCUGAGGAUGUUGAUUUGGAGAGAAUCGCUCACGACACUCAUGGAUUUGUUGGUGCUGAUUUGGCGGCACUCUGCACAGAAGCAGCACUGCAAUGUAUUCGUGAGAAGAUGGAUGUGAUAGAUUUAGAAGAUGAUACAAUUGAUGCGGAAGUGCUAAACUCUAUGGCUGUAACGAAUGAACAUUUCCAAACCGCACUUGGUAUUAGCAAUCCAUCUGCUCUUCGAGAGACAGUGGUUGAGGUACCGAAUACUACCUGGGAAGACAUUGGAGGUCUGGAGAAUGUUAAGCGGGAGCUCCAAGAGACUGUGCAAUAUCCAGUUGAGCAUCCUGAGAAGUUUGAGAAGUUUGGAAUGUCGCCGUCUAAGGGUGUAUUGUUCUAUGGUCCGCCUGGGUGUGGAAAGACGCUGCUCGCCAAGGCAAUUGCCAAUGAAUGUCAAGCCAAUUUUAUCAGUGUGAAGGGGCCCGAGCUGUUGACCAUGUGGUUCGGUGAGAGUGAAGCGAAUGUGCGAGAUGUAUUUGACAAGGCUCGUCAGUCAGCUCCUUGUGUUCUCUUUUUCGAUGAGCUUGACUCGAUCGCCAAUCAGCGUGGCAGCAGUCAGGGUGAUGCUGGUGGUGCUGCGGAUCGUGUCUUAAACCAGCUGCUUACAGAGAUGGAUGGUAUGAACGCCAAAAAGACGGUGUUCAUCAUUGGGGCAACUAAUAGACCUGAUAUUAUAGACUCUGCACUUCUCAGACCUGGACGUUUGGAUCAGCUCAUUUACAUUCCCCUACCAGAUGAAGCCUCUCGCUUGAGGAUUUUCCAGGCAGCUUUAAGGAAGUCUCCUCUAGCCAAGGAGGUGGAUUUGGAAGCCCUGGCCAGGUACACACAAGGUUUCAGUGGGGCAGAUAUCACUGAAAUCUGCCAGCGCGCUUGCAAGUACGCCAUUCGUGAAAACAUCGAAAAGGACAUUGAGAGGGAAAAGAGGAGAGCGGAGAAUCCUGAAGCCAUGGAAGAAGAUGAGGUAGAAGAAGUAGCGCAGAUCAAGGCAUCUCACUUCGAAGAAGCAAUGAAAUAUGCUCGUCGUAGUGUGAGUGAUGCUGACAUCCGGAAAUACCAAGCAUUUGCUCAGACUCUUCAGCAGUCGCGUGGAUUUGGAUCAGAGUUUCGAUUUCCAGAUCGCCCAGCUGCUGCUGGAGCACCGAGUGCCGCGGAAGCUCCUUCGGCCUUUGGUACUGAUGCUGCAGAUGAGGAUGAUUUGUACAGCUAGACCUGCGAAUAAUUCAUGGUUUUUCCAGUCGGUUUGUAGGUCUUGUUGGUACAAAUUUUGUCCACAUUUUCUUCGUGUCCUUCCCAAUGCUGAAUGAGAAAUUUAUUAACCUUGUUUAAGUGUUGAAAUUUUGGUAUCAAUUUUGUUGAUGGUGUAGAUUUGUAACCAAUCAAUUUGUAUUAAGGAUUAUAGUAUGAACAA